GGGAAGAAAGGUCAAGAAUCGAUGGCCGCGGCAGGCUCGGAUUUACUGCUGCGAGAAAGAUUAUCUCCUGAGUAGAACAAAUCAAUACUGCUGGAAAAACUACUUAACUAUUUCAGAUGGGACCUUUACGAUUUGUUGGCUUUAACACAGCAACCGUUACGAUAAGUUAUCGGCCGUUUUUUGUCUGAGACUCAGUCGAUAGCUAGCUACCGUUAGCUGGCUAGCAGCUGCAUUGUUAUUGUUUUGGCUUCGUUUGGUGGUCGUAUAAACAACAUCCCCCGAGGUUCCCCAGCCGAGGCAGGGGUCCGGACUGCCUGAGUGAUGUUUUUCUGCCCGUCCCGAGAAGAUGGAUGACAGGUCCAGCAGCAGCAGCAGCAGCAGCAGCCCCCCCCACCGGCUCCUCAUCGUCCUGCUCAUGGUGUUGCUGUUUGGCGUCAUUAUGAUCCAAUAUGUGUGCCCGAGCAGGUCUGAGUGCCAGGUGCUGCACCAUCUGGGAUCCUGGUUUAAGGACGGCAGCGCAACUGGUUCUCGGGGCCGUGGCAGCGACAUCCAAGACCGGCUCCAAAAGGAUCCGUACAUCGCAGAAGACGGCGCUCUGGUCCGCUUCGUCCCGCGCUUCAACUUCACCAAAGCCGAUUUAAAUCGUGUUGUAGACUUCAACAUUAAAGGAGACGAUGUUAUAGUUUUCCUGCACAUUCAAAAAACGGGCGGCACGACGUUUGGGCGACACCUGGUGCGGAAUAUUCAGCUGGAGAGGCCUUGCGAGUGUCACGCAGGUCAGAAGAAAUGUACAUGUUACCGGCCAGGUAAAAAGGAAACCUGGCUCUUCUCCCGCUUCUCCACCGGCUGGAGCUGCGGGCUUCACGCGGACUGGACUGAGCUCACCAGCUGCGUCCCGUCCCGCAUGGACUCACGAGAGGUUCCGGAGAACCUGCCCAGUAGGAACUAUUAUUAUAUAACCAUCUUAAGAGACCCAGUAUCACGUUACCUGAGCGAGUGGCGUCAUGUGCAGCGUGGUGCUACAUGGAAGGCCUCAUUACACGUGUGUGAUGGACGUUCACCAACACUGUCUGAGCUGCCAAGCUGCUACUUGGGAGAUGACUGGUCAGGUUGCUCCCUGCAGGAGUUCAUGGACUGCCCCUACAACCUGGCCAACAAUCGACAGACCCGCAUGCUUGCUGAUCUGAGCCUGGUGGGUUGCUACAACGUCUCUGCCAUGAGUGAGGAGGAGCGCUGGGCAGUACUCCUGGAGAGCGCCAAACGUAACUUACGCGGCAUGGCUUUCUUUGGGCUGACCGAGUACCAGCGUAAGACCCAGUAUCUGUUUGAACGCACCUUCAACUUGGAGUUCAUCGCACCCUUCACACAGCUCAACGGCACACGUGCCUCCAGCGUUGACGUACCUUCCGAGACGCAGCGGAGAAUCCUCCAGCUAAACCGAUGGGACGUAGAGCUGUAUGAGUACGCCCGUGACCUUUUCCUGCAGCGUUUCCAGGUGGCAAGGCAGCACGAGCGCAGGCAAGCCAGGGAGAGGCGGCAGCAGGAGAGGAGGCGGCUCCGUGGAAGGCUCAUAACAAAGCAAGGGAGGCAGCUAAAGCCCACAGAAACACCUCGUCAGCAUGACAGACACUCAGUAGUAACCGAGGAGCAGCAGAGGAGGAAGGCUGAUGGAGACAGUGGGGAGUCAGAAAAGCUACUCCCAUACUGGUGGGAUCAGGACGAGAACGGCACCAUGGAGGAUUACAUUGACAAUGUGGAACAGUGGUGGUGACGGGAACAAUGGUGUCUUAAUGGUGUGCCAAGUUCUGCCUUGUCUGUUGUUAAUGAAUCCAAGUUAUUUUUAGUACAUGUUUCACAGUAAAUUUUCUGAAUGACACACAUUUAUUUAUUGAUACUGAUUGUAUUUCUUUGCCACAACUGACAUUCGUAAUGGAUAUAUUUCCUUGACAUUUAGAAAGGCUGGUCUAGGUACCUGUACUCCUGUACCUUUCAGUGAUCGCACAAGCCUUCUAGACUGUUCUCCUGGCUUUUAAACACAUUUGAACUCUUGUGAUGUAGCUUGGAAUGAGGGGAUGUCUAUUAUUUCUUUGUUAAAAAGAACAAUGUAAUACUUGUUUCUAUAAAUAAUAAGCUACUGUUUGUGAUUUACAAUCUAUGUUUGCCAAAUUGUUGUCUUGUCUGAAAUGCGUACAUUUUUAAAUGUACCUGUGAUUUUAAGUGUCUCUUAAGUAACAGAAAAGGAGAAUGGAAUUUUCAUAGAUACCUCAAUGUGUAGCAUUAACUGCUAAUGUUGUAAAAUUACUGAAUGUGUCCCAAGUCUCAGUUUUUAUAUAAAAAUGCUUUUACAUUCACUGAA